AUGAGCGCAUCAAAGGCUAACCACGACUUGCCUUUUUGUCAGGUCUUCUUGUCUGGAUCGCUUACCGUUGCUCUCCCUACGAUUGGAGCAGACCUCAAGUUCAGCGAGGCAGAUCUGCAAUGGCCCAUGAACGUUUAUGCGCUCGCAUAUGGAUGUCUCAUGCUCUUGUUUGGUCGGGUCGGUGAUAUCGUUGGCGGCCGGUUCAUGUUCCUCGCUGGGUCUCUUUUCUUCGCUGCCUGGACUCUCGUGGCAGCAUUUGCGCCAACCCAGAAUAUUUUCAUCAUCUCCAUGGCUUUCAUGGGCAUCGGCGCCGCCGCCAACACACCUGCCUCUCUCGGUCUUGCUGCUUUAUAUUUCCCUCCUGGUCCCAACCGCACGAAGGCCUACAGCGCCCUCGGUGCCGGCCAGCCCUUGGGCUGCACGCUCGGCCUCGUCCUUGGUGGCAUAUUGACCGGCAGCAAAGCCACCUGGCGCUCGGCGUUCUACAUUCAAGCCGGCCUUGCUGUUUUGUUCGCCGUGAUUGGCUUCUUCUUGCUCCCCAAGCCUACCACGCGCGGGUACUCCAAGGGCCUUGACUUUGGUGGCGCCAUCCUGAGCUCCGCUGGUCUUGCUCUUCUGACAUACAGCCUUUCUGACUCGACGAUGACCCCGCGUGGGUGGUCGGCGCCUCAAGUGCCCAGCAUUCUCUCGGUCUCGAUAUUGGUCCUCGGCUUGUUUGUGUGGUACGAGAUGUGGCGCGAACGCAAGGGCAUGUCUGUUCUGCUCCCCAUGAGCAUCUGGACGCGCCCUGGCACCAAGCUUGGCCCGCUCAUGCUUUGUGUCUUCUUUGCCUGGUGGAACUUCAACACUUGUUCAUACUUUUACACCCUUUACUUCCAGCAAGUUAAACUUCUGAGUCCUCUUCAGGCGUCCCUGUGGUAUCUGCCUCUCGCCUUGUCUGGCGUUAUUCCUGCCGUCCUCGUAGCUUAUUUCCUUGGAUAUUUCUCUGGUUUCUCAAUGAUGCUUGUCGGCAUCCUCUUCAGUACCGCAUCUCCUCUGAUCUUCGCUCUGAUCAAAGUCGACCUCAUCUACUGGGCAAUGACCUUCCCCAUGGUUGUGUGCAUCGUUGGCGUUGAUGCCAUCUACCCCAUCGGAAAUCUGCAGAUCACCGCAGAGUUCGACGAAGACUCGCAGUCGCUCGCAGGCGGUAUCUUCAACGUCACCACCCGUAUCGCCACAUCUCUUGGCCUCGCCGUCACAUCAAGCAUCGCCGCAAACGUGUCGCAGAAGUACAACCACGCGCACGCCGACCUCAGCUCGACUUCGCCCGAGGUGCUCAUGGUCGGCUUCCGCGCGGCCGGGUGGACGUGCUUCGCUACAUCCGUUAUCUCCCUGAUCGUCGCCGUCUUCUGGCUGCGUGAUAUCGGGAAUGUGAAAACCGACUCCACUGGCGCGCCCGAGGAGGGCACCGAUUCGGACACUGCGACGCAGGUCAAUGUCUCUGUGGAGCCGAAGGAGAAAGACGUAGAGUCAGGUCCAUCAGAGAAUGAGGGGGGCUUGACCGCCAAGGUGAUCACGCCCGCGCCGUCGACGCUAUUCACGGCUACGUCGCGCACGCAGUCGAUACACAGCUCUUCUUCGUGUGCGGUCUCCGUCCGCGAGGAGCAGGUGUAA